ACGGUUCUUAGUGGACAAACACUAGUUGUUUUAUCCUUCACCCUUUAUCUAAGUUUUGCGACACUACUUGGAAAGUGUAGAACUAAAACAAGUCCUAUAUUGUUGCUUCAGGUUCUCGACUCAGUUGCGCUAUUCCGCAUGGAAACUGAUAGCGCUUGGAUUGACAUGAUGGACAUACAGAUCACCGUGACUCCACCCUCACAGCCGCGUCAAAACCCCUUUGAAUCGAUAUUCCGCAAAAAACGGCAAGACUUUCGGGGCCUUCCAGAAUGGUGCUAUUGUGAGCCCAUAAAGAUAACCUGUCUACCAGGUCCCCCAGGACCUCCUGGAAGACCAGGUAUCAAAGGACCACCAGGUCGACCUGGUCUUCCUGGUCGAGAUAAUACGCAGACGUACGCUCCACUCACCUGCCCACCUGUCAGCCGCGCCUGUAUUCGAUGUCCACCAGGAGCGCCAGGAAGUCCCGGAGCACCAGGACCAAUAGGUCCACCUGGGUCCAUUGGACGGCCUGGAAUACCAGGAAAUCGCGGGAACAAUGGCCUUCCUGGACGUAGGGGCCCUCCAGGAGAUAAAGGUUCACCCGGGCUACCUGGUCGUAUGGGACCACCUGGUAGACCAGGUCUCGACGGACGAUCAGGACGUGGUAAACCAGGACCCCAGGGACCACAAGGACGACCAGGAAGCCAAGGACGACCUGGUAGCCCUGGAAAAGCUGGCCUACCUGGUGCAAUGGGUAGGCCAGGUCCACAGGGUUCACCGGGAUUACGUGGCCAUCCAGGAAACGAUGGUCAACCUGGACAACCAGGAUCCGUUGGAUUGCCCGGUCAUGAUGCAGCAUACUGUCCAUGCCCACAAAGAAGCAGAGCUUACUUACGUCGGGUGCGCUAG